UUUUUUUUUUCAAAGGAGUUCCGUUUUCUUUUUUUUGAUCAUCUGUUGUUUCUGCCGUUCAGCUGCAUCAUUUCGGGUUGAAGUGCAGUGGUGCAGUCGGUGACAGCCCUGGUAUUACCUUGGCGCCUGUCACCAAAGAACAAUGAAAGAUCAUUGAACAUUGCCAAGGCUGGGGUUUAUAUAUAUAUGGAGUUGGUAACAGACCUUCAUUGUUGUGCAUCAAAGCAACUCUUCCUUUUCUCCAGCUUCAGACACCUCUUUUUUGGAAGACAUAUAUCUCUCCUCAAUCUCAGUCCUCUCCAAUUCCACCUUUUCUUAACAUUGUGGAGAAUCCGGUCGUCCUGAAUCCUCCUUCGCUCUCCUCCAACAAAGCAAGCAGACCGUCAAGCUCUCCGUCCCCCAGAAAUAAACACAGAACGACUGCCACUUUUGCAAGAUUGCAACCGAAAAUGCCGUCAUUGCAGAUCUACGAACACGCAUCUUUCCCCGAAGCACGAGGCCUCAUCUACGACGAAUCCGAAAUGGCGCUCUUCCGCGCAAAGCUCUCCUACCAAGCAACCAUUGACGCCCGCAUGGCAUCGAAAGACUCCAACCUGGUAGCAAUUGCGGAAAACCAGGCCCGUAUCCUCAAGCGAUGGGAAAUGCUGAAACACCUGGACAAGGAGGCGAAGGACAACGGGACUCUAGAUCCGACAAUAAAGACGCAGAUGAAACAAAUCGCAUGGAGGUAUCAUCAUCUGGAGGAGUUAGCGACGAAGACCGGGGCUUGAAGACGGAGACAUGUAUACUAGGAGUUGGAUCGUUCUUUUUUCUCAUCAUUUCCGGCAUUCGAAGAUUCAGGAACCUGCGAAGCAUACCAUCAUGACACACGGAGUUUAGACAUAAUAAUACCAACUGCUUUCUUUCACUUGCCUUUCUCUCCGUAUUCUUCUCCGUAUUCCAUCUCCUUAUUCUGUACGAAAGGACCCCUGCAUCAUCACAGGCCACAACAGAACACAGGAAUCGACUCCCGAAUCCCCCUUGGUAGAACGUCACACAUGUCAACGAGUGCUGUAACAGUAACACGUGCGACACGUACACCAUGUGUACCAUCCAACCGUCACAUAAUAACAGAGAAUCUCCCAAUGCCCCAAAUCGGCACCGGGGAGGCUCUGUGGCACUCUGCAUGACAUGAAACGACCAGCGCCAGC